AUGCCAGUGGGAGGUGAGGCCGUUCGGGUUGUGGAUGCAGAGAGUCAAGCAGCUCAAUCAUUUUUCACUCGAGAUGACAUUAAGAAGCAACGCGAACUUGAGGAGGCUCGUAAAAGUGGAUUAAUUCCAGCCGAAAAGGAUGAAGAAGGGAAAGACAUCAACCCCCAUAUUCCACAAUACAUUGCUAAAGCGCCGUGGUAUCUGAGCAACCAACAAGAUAGCAGUAACAGGCCGUCCUUAAAACAUCAACGAUUUUCAGCUGAGCAAGCUAGCAACUUUAACAAAUGGUACAAAAGAGGGCUGAUCAAUGACGUUCCACGAGCUACAAAAUACCGAAAAGGAGCUUGCCAGAACUGCGGUGCAGCAACGCAUCAAGCUAAAGACUGCACAGAGAGACCCCGAAAACAAGGAGCACGAUGGACGGGUCAAGACAUUCGGCCUGAUGAAAUGAUUGCCGAAUACGAAGGACUUACUCUUGAUUUUGAUGGCAAGCGAGAUCGAUAUGGUGGUUAUGACCCAAAAGCGUAUCGUCUUGUUGUGAGGGACUUUGAAUUGGCGGAUGAUGAAAGGAAAAAGCGGAAAGCAAACGAACUGGAACAGGAAUUAAAGAAGAAAAAAGAAAAAAGGAAAAAACGAAAGACGGACGACAAAGAAGGUUCGGAACGAAGCGGUUCGGACAGUGAUUCUGAUAGCGAUAAUGACGACGAUGACGAUUUGGAAGACGUUAAAUUGAAAGACUUUGACGAAACAAACGCCCCUGUCAACAUGAAAGAUGAUCGAACAAGAACGACGAUGAUGAACUUGCGGAUUAGAGAAGAUACCGCAAAAUAUCUUUUCAAUCUUGAUGUCAACUCCGCAUUUUAUGAUCCAAAGACUCGUAGCAUGCGUGAUAAUCCACUCAAGCAUUUAAAAGACGCCGAGCAAGGUGUCUAUAGGGGUGAUAAUGUUGCAAGGCAGAGUGGCGACUCGAAUAUUGUCACAAAGAUGGAAAUUUUCGCGUGGGACGCUUAUAAACAUGAUGCUAAUGUUCAUACUCAAGCCCAGCCAACGCAAUUAGAGCUCAUGCACAACGAACACGCGAGGAAAAAGCAAGAAUUAAUUGAAUUGAAAAGAAAACAAUUGUUAGAGAAAUAUGGACAUCAAAACAAUCCGCAAGCCGAGGAUUUCGAAAUCGAAGUACCAAGAGGGACGUGUAUUUCGGCGAUCAUAGUUCCGUCUGGGGGUCAUAUUUCGACCAGAAAAGUGGCAAGUGGGGCUACAGAUGUUGCAAGACAACGGACAGAAUGA